GACACUCUUGCGCUACUUUCUUUAAAGCGGAGAAUAGCUCUGUUUUCUCGAGUUUAUUUUCACAUACUCGUGCUUCUUUCGUGUUUCGUUAUUCUAAAUAAGAUGGUGCCCGUUGACCAAGACCUGUGGCUAAACUCGGAAUGGUGUGAUUGGAGGUGGCGCAUCACUGGCUGUGAACACGCAGAAGUUUGGAAGGGGUUUUAUAUCGCCCAUACAAUCGCAUGCUUCAUCCUAGUUAUUCUCGGCUCGUGGGUCAUCUACAGAAGGGUGUACAGAGACCUCUGGCAAAAGAAGUUAAGGCUGUUUGAAUUUAGCAAUGGAAUUGUGAAGCCCCGCGGUACCGAGGUCUUCUUGAUUGCCUCGUGUGUGCAUCUUUUUGGAAGAGGACUUUAUACCGCAAUCGUGCUCGGGGACGGAUUCAAGAGUCAGGCCGCGGCUGAAUUCAUGCAUGAAUGGCCCUGGGAGACUUUGUACUUUGCUUGCGUCUCCUUCACAAUUGGAAUUAUUCAUGCUACGCCAAAGACCUAUAUGAACGGCAAAGGAACUUUGGAUGAACUUAGUACUCUCACAAAAGUUCGACUCCCCAGUCAACGCACGCUCAACUUUCUUUUCUACUUCUUCAAUGCUCUGCCCCCUUUGACACUUCCAUGGUUCUCCAUCAUAGACGGAUAUGGCCGUGAUACUGAAAACUACGUCUUGGCUAAUGCAUUCAAUACCGCACAUUAUGUUUGUUGGUCAGCCUAUUGCUGGUCGUUGGCAGCCGUUGUGCUGUAUUUUGGCCUUAAGAUGGUCAUGAUCUUGAAAGCCAAUGCGGUGACGGGAGUGAAAUCUUCGGAAAACGGGGUGUCACAGACUACUCUUCUGAAAAGGGCUAUGAUUAUUCUGAUUGUUACCCUACUCGGAAUAACUGUUAUUCUGAUAAGCUUCGCUAUCGUUCUCAUCGUUUACGCCAUUUGGAGGAGAUUGGUUCAAGGCAUCUUUCCUCUCUCCGUCAUUGUUGGAUUUAUUUGGAUCUUUGUCACACCUUUUAUGAUAGCACCCAUAUAUGUCGCCGUAGGCCUGGGAAUCAUUCAUAGAAAGCCCGCUCCCGCAAGCAGCAGCAACAAAUCCGGUAGUAAGGGCUCACAGUCUCAAAGUGAAAACUCGACUACAAGGAAAUCAAAGCAGUCCCUGGCGAAGAGUGGUAAUGCCCUUAAUGCUUAGGCAGAUAUGAUGUGACGAGCAACUAGUUGUUUGUUGAGAUGAAUCAUUGGAGAUAUGUUAUCUCCGUCGUCUAUUCAAUGUAGUCAUCAGAGAUAGCCAUUCUUUACCAACUAGUUGACUGAUGGGAUGAAUGCAUUUUUCUCAUUGGAGAUAUGUCUCCGUCAUUGAUUCAAUAUAGUCGUCAGUAAUAGUCAUCUUUAACACCGGA